UAAAUCAAAGACGUCCAUUCCGCUGCGAAGGAAUGGAACCUAAGACUCCUCCAUAUGAAUCCCGUUCACAAAGCCAAAAAUCUACACCGCCGCCGUCAUCAGCGGCUGCGCGGCUCUGGAGACCGGCUGCUCAGAGGAACCUGAGGAACCAGUGGUCGAACCUCAAUUCUCUCCGCCAGGACUGGCGCUCCGCCGCAUCGGCCGGCCGCUCUCACGCCACUGCCAUCGUCAACUCCUAUCUCUCCCAAAAUACAACUUUGGGAGCACGACGUACACUUGUUUGCUGGUGCUUUGGUAUGGAGGUUAGGUACAUGGACGGGAUGGAAUUUGGUGUGUUGAGUGACAUGCCUAAUAUUCGGAAGAAAGCUUGUUCCAAAUUGUUCAAGCAACAGGAGCUUUAUAGGGGUAAACUGCUGUCAUCUUACAGAGAUAUGGUGGCAAUUGUAACCCGUAUGGUCAACACUUGUAAAUCUAUGAGGUGCUAUUUGAGGGGGACAAGCAAUAGUCCAUUAGCUCAGUUUUCUUUCUCCUUGGAGGAUGACAGUGACAGUGGCGACUGUGGUGGAAUCCCUGUUUUUGCAUUCUACUCAGUUGCUUCUUUUGAAGAACUAGCUUGGGAGAUGGUACGAAUGUUUGUAUCAGAAUUAAAUUUGAAGCGGUUGCUUGUGAUGGAAUUGCUCUACAUCUAUGAUGAAAAAGUUGCCAAAGUUAUUGGGAUAUGUUGGUCUGAUGAAUUCUAUGAUGGAGAAUUUGAUGAACUGAGUUUACUUAACUUGUACUCCGAAGAAACUCGUGAACCAGUGCUUCCAUGCCUUAGAGGCUGCAAAUCUAGUACUUCAGCCGUGCAGUCUAAACAGCAGCAAGAUAGCAAUGUCUUACAGGUUUACUUAACAACCUGGCUCGUAGAAGUGAACAUAGAUAGAUGCAGGGUGGACGAAAUAUUUGCUAUUGUGGGAGGGGAGAUGCACGUCGAUUUUUCUUGAGACUUCUGGCUGUCAAAGAGAAGUACACGACUUCAUCCCUCGAAAAGUGGAGAUGCAGAAUCGACACUUAACCAUUUGCUCAGUAAACACUUCAAAAAGUUGGCUUCAACAUGCAUUGAAAUGCUUUGGCCUGUAAAUACCGAAAUGCAACUAUGAGCCUGGUGGAAUGGUUGAAGUCAUCUAAAAGACUGCAUAAAACCAGAAUUGAGACGUGAAAUCCAUUCAGGAAUUCCUUCAGCAAUCCCUGUUUUCAUGCGGCAGUUAUGGAAGAAAGCAAUCUCCAGCCAUGAGCAGAUACCAGGUCAAACAGUAAAAUGAUAGCUGAAACCUAUGAGAAAAUGUUUCCACCGAGACGAACAUUAUGACCAUCUGCUGCUGUUGCAUUUGGUGCAAUAUCUAUAGUGGAUUGGGAACAACAUAUGUAGUCAAAAUGACUAGUGGGUAGCUUGAAGAGAAUGGGUUGUGAAAUUCCUAGUAUUUAGCCAUCCAAACAGUACCUUGCAAUUACACGCCUGCUACUCUCUGAACAGACUAUAUUUCAGCUGAAGGGCAGGCUGCAGAAGUUUAGACUGUUGAAAUCGAUCAUGAACGAUUGAUUUCAGCUUCAAAAUAGGCUAGAAAACCAUUGCCUCAAGUCCUUCAUGUGAACGUUGAGAUUCUCGUAAAUGCAAACUGUUGAUCCAUUAAUAUAGGGUAAGUUACAGUGA